AUGCUGGAGCCUCACCUCAUUAUCCACCUUCUUUUGGCAAUGAUACAAUUUCUCACUGGGGUUUUAGUAAACGGCAUCAUCGUGGUUGUGAACGGCAUGGACUUGAUCAAACAGAAAAAAAUGAUUCCGUUGAAUCUCCUCGUUUCCUGCCUGGCAAUUUCCAGGAUUUGUCUGCAGCUGGCCGUCUUCUCCAUUGACCUGGCCUUUCUUUCCUUGAUCUAAUUCCCUCCGCUUACUGAGAAGUUUGCGGUUCUCACAUUUGUAAAUGACUUGGGACUUUGGCUUGCCACAUGGCUCAGCGUUUUCUACUGCGCCAAGAUUGCCCCCGUUGCUCACCCACUCUUCUUCCUGUUGAAGAUGAAGAUCUCCAAGCUGGUUCCUUGGCUCAUUCUUGGAUCUCUGCUAUAUGCAUCUAGCUCUGCUUUUUUCCACAGUAAAAAUAGAUGGGCAUUUUCCAAAGAAGACUUCCUGGGCCUUUUGUCCCCAAAUGCAACCACUCAAUUCAAAGACAUACCUGCUUUACAGUUUGCCUUUCUUUUCGUUGGGCACUCACUACCAUUACUUAUCUUCCUGAUUUCUUCUCUGCUGUUGCUAUUUUACCUGGGGAGACACACCUGGCAGAUGAGAAACACAGCAACAGGCCCCAGGACCCCCGACAUGCGUGUGUACAUCAACACCCUUCUCUCCAUCCUGUCCUUCCUGGUCCUCUACCUGUGCCACUACAUGACAUCUGCUUUGCUUUUUUAUCGAAUUUUCAACCUUAGAAGCUUUAUAUUCCUGUUUCUCAUCUUCAUGGUUGGUUCAUACCAAUCUGGACACUCUAUUACCUUAAUUUUAGGAAAUCCUAAAAUGAAACAAAAUGCAAAGAAAUUGCUCCUCCCCAGAAAGUGCUGUCAGUGA